CGCCGGAAGCUGUGAACAGAGCCUGCGUAGCGCUUUCUUCACAACAUCGUUCUGCGGAGGCCGGCGGGAACAUUAGGGGGUCCCUCAGCUGCUUGGCGGCCAUGGCGCUGAACAGGAACCAUUCCGAGGGGGGCGGCGUCAUUGUCAAUAACAGUGAAAGCAUCUUGACGACCUACGAUCACAUUGAAAUAACAUUCCAUGAUAUGGAACACAUGCCGGAUGCAUUCAAAGGGACCAAGAAAGGCAGUGUCUUCAUGACCCCAUAUCGAGUUAUCUUUGUGUCUAAAGGAAAAGAUGCAAUGCAGUCUUUCAUGAUGCCCUUUUAUUUGAUGAAAGAAUGUGAGAUUAAACAACCAGUUUUUGGAGCAAAUUACAUCAAGGGGGAAGUGAAAGCAGAGGCAGGAGGAGGUUGGGAAGGAUCCACAACUUUCAAAAUGGCGUUCUCCGCAGGAGGUGCCAUUGAAUUUGGACAGCGUAUGCUGCAAGUAGCAUCUCAAGCCUCAAGGGGUGAGGUCCCCAAUGGAGCCUAUGGUUACUCAUACAUGCCGAAUGGGGGCUAUACCUUCCCACCACUUGCUGCCAAUGGGGUGUACCCUUCUCCCGCGGGGUAUCCAUAUCCUCCACCACCUCCGGAAUUGUAUCCUGGUCCCCCAAUGGAUGAAGCCAUGGCAUACAUGCAGCUUCCUCCCCCUCCCUAUCCAGGGCCCAUGGAGCCGCCUGUCAGUGGUCCAGACGUUCCCUCGACUCCAGCAGCUGAAGCCAAGGCUGCAGAAGCUGCUGCAAGUGCUUAUUACAACCCAGGCAACCCACACAAUGUCUACAUGCCAAUGGACCAGCCUCCUCCUCCUCCUUACUUUCCUCCAGAGGACAAGAAAACCCAGUAAACAGCCACCAUACACUGCUUCAUUUUUGCCAUUUGGCUAAAUGUUGAUUAGGGAUAUGACAAUGGUAAGGACCAUUUAACCUCCCUCUCGUACACGCAACUCCCACAAGCAGCAGUGGCAGAUACGUGCAGCAUUAGAAAAGAGAUCUAACAUUUUCCUGGAUUGUCACAUAUAGAACUAAAAUAUAUAUUGUUUUCUUCUGUAUGCUUCUUUCUCCAUGUUGAUGAUAUAAUGGAGGAAGAGUUUUGUUCCUCCUCUCCCAUCCCAUCUUUCAACUGUCCUGGAGAAUGUUCCUUCCUGAACAAAGACCACUUAAACCGAAAACCUAACCAACAGCUAUUGAAUUAGAUAGGUGUUGACACCCUGACGGUGUUGACCAGCUCUUUCAUGGUGACACUUCGGAAGAAAAUCAACUUUGUGAUCUACCAGACAAUCCUUAGUUGCAUGAACCCCCACUGUGUUGCGACCAAGGAAGCGCACUGAUCUCUUGACAAGAUCAUCUGGUUCUAUUUGGACACUGGACUCUUUUGCCAUUUCUUCCGCAAGAUGCAUGUAUGGUGGAAUGUAUACAUCGUCUUUUAAUUUUGAACAUUCCUGUUGAGUCACUUAUGCAUCUUGGUCCUUUUCUUUCAUACAACAACAGCAAAACAUUGGCUGCAAAGUUCUGGCAGUAAAACAUCAUACCUCUAUGGUAAACUUGGUAAAAAAAUUUGACCAUGCGGUUUGAUCAGUUACCUAAACACUAAUUCCAUCUUAGCAGCUGAAAGCAUUUCUAGCGAAGAAGAUGGCUCAUAUUUUGAUCUAUUUAUUUAAUUAGUUUUGUUUGAUUUUAUUUAUUUGUUUUUUAUCCCUAGCAUUCUGAGCAUGUCAUAAUCUGAGGCAAAGCAUUUCCCCUUGCUUAUGCUCAAAAGCCAUUAAUCCUACUCAAAGAGGUAGAGAAAGAUCACCUUCUGGAGUUGGGAUAACGUAGAUGAUGUCUAAACUGACAGAUGGGGAAAUAAGAAAAGCCUCUUGGAGUUUUCUGCAUCUUCUGUUUCCUCUAUGAGGCAGAAUAUUAGCAAUUGGUUUUGAAUAGCAGUAGCCCUUUGAUGCACAGAGCAUAGCAGACUCCCAAAGAUCUCAGAAACCCAUUUACUGGAAUAUUUGGAUUUUGGUUUAUACUGACAGAGCUGUAUAACCUAGCAUGCAUGGGAUACCAGAAAUCUAUUUCAUUAGCAUCACUUGUGAUUUACACCGGAAUAAAAUCAAAAUCUGAUUUGUACAAAAAUGUCCUCUUUCCCUGUAAUCUGUGACGCAGAGCAAGUGCGUCAAAUCAUGGCUCCCUCAAAUGCUAACUGAGCCCAUGCAGAAAACCUGGGGCAUCUGUUCACAAUUGCUUUGGUCCUGGGUAUCCGGCAGUGUUUGAGACCACCCUAGUUAACUCCAGCUUUGUGCACAUUGCAACACUGUUCCACUUAGCAAGGGAUACCAACUGCUUCCUGUUGUCGUUGCUGCAGAGAUGUCCCAAGGGAAAACACAGGUAGUAUCUGUGGCCAAAAUCAUGGCAAAGUAGGAUGGCUUAACUGCAUGCCUCUGCAGUGCUUGAGUUGUGCUCCCCUGACUUAGCUGUCUGUUUCAUUUUGAAUAACAUUCCUGACCUUGUGAUUUAUGCCAGGGGUGGAAGUGCAAACUUGUUUAUUCUUUAAAAUGUCCCUAUUUGCAUUGACUGCAGUAGCAGUUACUGCACUAUGCUGCAAAAUUGAGUGACAGCCAAGUGGAUGAGAAUCUUGAGUUUCUGCAGGAAUUAAAUUUAGUUUGUGUGCUUUUUCGAAUAGUGGGGAAGGUGUUUCCUGCAGGAGCUCAAAAAACACCCUGUACUAAUGAAGCUUGCUGAGAUACUAGGUGUGUGAUGCCCCAGAUAGGCAAAGCCCCUUUCUGUGGUCCUUGGUUUGAAUUUUCAAACGCUUUCUAGCUGACAAGUGAUGUUAAUGUGUGUGCACACCCCCUCCCCAUCUAAUGCACUGACUUUUUUCUAGAAUUGGUAUUUAAACUGCAGUGAUGUAAAGAAAUGAUUAUUUAAAGAAUUGUAUUUUGGGGAAGUUCUAUCGAUACCUUAGGGAUGUGAAGUGGGUCUUCUGAAUGCAAGGCUGACUUUUGAUUUGCUCAAGACUGUGAAGUAAAGAUAACUUACAUUGACUCUAUGUGGCUCAUUGUGACUGCAUAUUUGGGUGGGCAGCUGUUUUGCUGUGGUGAAAUGGCCUUCACAGGCUUUCAGAUGGAAGAGUCAUUCUACAAAUAAAGCUCGGGAUGCUUGUGCAGAGUGA